AUGUCGAGCUGCUCCGACGAUUCGUUGGAUUCACUUUUUCAUUACGAGCCGAGCCGCGUAGAUGCCAAGGCGAGAGGUACGGCAGAAUCCUCCGAGGCGUCUGUUUCGCCGAGCCCCUCCAAUCGUUCAUCUGACGAAGCGUCAAACCAUGCAAACCCAUCAGAUGUCGGCUCUUCGGAUGGCGAGCCGUCGGUUUCGACGAGCCGUCCCCAGGAUCCCGUUCCUGAUGAGGACAUUAACCGCGCCGCACUCAAGGCCGAGGAGGAGGCAUUUCCCUUUGACCUUUUCGAGGCGAAGCUUGAAUUGGAACGUCUCAUGGCGUCCCGAGGCGCUUCCAUAUCUGGGCGAGGGCCAAGAGUUAAGAGACAAAAACCUGACCCGCAUGGCUCUACGCUCUGCUCCCUUGAGUCGCUCGAGGCGUUGAGGCAUCGCUUCGGGAUAUCCGAGGCGGUGGAGUUCGUCGUUCUAGAGACGAGUGACCGAGCCGACAACCCUCCAGAGAAUCAUUUCACUCUGUACGAGGCGUUCUUCGAGCUUUACUUCCUCUGGUUCCCGAUCCCCGGAGUGAUCCUCGAAUAUCUCUGGAAACACGGGAUCUCGAUUGGGCAAAUCAUGCCGAGGGGAUUACGGCAUAUGAUUGGCAUCUUAGUUCGAAGCUUCGAGUGCGGAGUUGAUAUCGAGCUGAAUCACCUGCUGAACUUGCUGGAAGUAGGGAAAGCUCCGAAGGGAAAUAGAUUCUAUAUUUCCAACAAGGCGAAGCGACGGAUCAUCGGCGGUUUUCCCAGCAAGGAUCAAUUUUGGACUGAACGCUUCUUCUACGUCUUGGUGAACGAGGCGUCGGUCGGCGAGAAUUACGUUCAAAGAACCAAGACCGCUUGGGGGCCACUUGGUAGCCGACCCGAAGCUUUGCCUCGGCUCGGAACUAUUUUUGUUCAGUGCUUUCUUCCCCCUAUUCCCGACGACCUCUUUACUGUUCGAGACUCUCUUUCGGCGCGGAAGGUUAAUUGGAGAAAGAACUUCACCCUCGAAAGAGUAGAAAAAGCGCGAGCCAUCCUUGCCGGAGUCCCCGUCAGCUCUUCGUCCUCAAGUUCUUCAAGGGAUACCCGAGAGAAGAUGGUGAUAAUCGCUCUUAGAGAAAGGAAGAGGCGCGAGGCAGAAGAGACCGCGAGACGAGCUGCCGAGGCGGCUCAGGCGCAGACCGAGGCGGUUCCAGCGCAAACCGAGGCCAUCCCUCAGCCCGACCCCCCGAGCCGGGAAGGAGACGAAAUGACCCGAGCCGUAGAAGGCAACACAGCCGAGGUGGUUGGGAGAAAUGCAGCGCCCGAGGUGGAACCGGGCGAAAUUGUUCCCGAGGGGUCCCGGGAUGAUUCGGCGGUGCGGAGCAAAACUCCUUCGAACUCCGCCAUUUUAGCCCUCCCAAAGUCGACAAGGCCCCCGACUUCAGUUGUUCAGAAACACGACCCGAGCCGGAAACGUUCGGCCGCUGUCAAAGGGAAGGGCGUUGCUGUUCAGAAGGACGAGCCGUCAAAGAAGAUGCGGAAGCCGACGCCCGGGGACCCCGCCGCGCGCAAGUUGAUCGUCGACGACCCCGACGCCUCCGCCAUCAUGUUCUCGCGUUUUGUCACGGCCAUUAAUGGCCUGAUGGCCGAAUACGAGGCGGACCUGUCUAAGGUCGAACGUCGCUUGGCCGAGGCCCGAAAUGAGUCUGCAGCGUCAAAGGCGAAGCUAGAAGAGUCUCAGACCGAAGCCGCGGCGGCAAAGGGGAAACUGGACGAGGCGGUGGCCAGGGCGUCCAAGCUGGAAGAGGAGAAGAUCGUUCUGCGCGCCAACGUUGACAAGGUCUCCGCCUCGGUCAUUCGCCUCGAGGAGACGAGGAGGGCUAUAAGCGCCGAGGUGGCGAUGCUGAAGAGGCGUAUUGAGGCCAAGGAUGCCUUGUUCGAUGCCAAGGUCAAGAGGGCGAAAAAGGAGGCGAGGCGAGAGCUUACGGCGAAGUUUAAGGAACAUCUUGCCAAGGUGGAGGAGGGUUUGGUCAGGCUUGAGAAGGCCAAAAAUGAUGAGAACGAUCUGGGGCAGAUCAAGGGCAAUCUUGCGAUGAUUGCCGACCUGAAGAAGCCGGACGCCCCGACGCUUGACGACGAGGAGGCGAAGCUGAAAAGCUGGGAGAGUGAAUAUGCCGACAACGAGGCGUACGAGCGUAUUGCUUCCGAGAUUCGAGGCGAGCUGUAUUACUCUCCCGUAUCACCGGAUUCGGUCGACACCACCCUUGGCAACGAGCCGCUCGAGGAGACGGCGGCCAACUUAGGCGUUGUAGAUUCGAAUGGAUCAAACGCGGGCACGCCGGUCCUCUCGAACCUCUUCGCCGAGCGUGAAACGCAGUCUGCGGCCUGA